AUGACUAUCACCAGCCCUACCCCCAAGCACACCUUCGCUGAUCGUGCGGCUGCCAACAACUUCAACGAUGCCCAGAUCCUGAACUCCAACAACCGCUCCGGUGCCGAUAUUCCAGAGAAGUCCGAUGUUGUCGUCGCUGGUGGUGGUAUUCAUGGACUGAUCUACGCCAUCCAUGCUGCCACGUAUCAGCCAGGAAACAUCAGCAUCUCACUGAUCGAAAAGGCUAGUAAGCCUGGCUACAAGAUUGGUGAGAGUACCUUGCCGCUAUUUUCCUUGUGGUGCAAGAUGCAUGGCCUCACAGCCGAGUAUCUUCUGCGACUCUUCGGUCUCAAGGACGGACUGGCCUUCUACUUCCUCGACCGCGAGAACCAGGGGGAAUACUCAGACUUCUGCAGCAAUGGCACUCCCGGUCUCUUCCUCAGUGGAUUCCAGGUUGAGCGAACCAUUAGUGAGCUCCUCUUCACGUUGCUGGCUCAGCGUAAGGGAGUCAACGUCUACCACGGCCGCCAGGUUGACUUCAACGCCAGUGCUAUCAACGGUGGAUCUGACCGCAGCAAGAUCUCCAUCAACCCCGGCAAGUUCGACGGAAAGCCAGCCAGUAACAUUAAUUCCUCGCUAUUGGUUGACGCCACCGGUCGUUUCCGCCAGCUUGCAUCCAAGAAGGCCCCACUGCACCGUUUCGAGGACUGGAACUAUGAUUCCUUCUGGGGAUACUUCACUGCCCCCGCGGAUGAGAGCAACAUUCCUCUCCGUCACUACGAGGGUGACCACACUAACCAUCUGUGCUUCCCCGAGGGCUGGGCUUGGGUUAUCAAGCUUCCUUCAUGGGAGGGCAGCUCUACUGCCAACCUCAUGGAUAUGAUCUCGUAUCUGCUGGACUGUGCCGAAGCCGGUGUUCCUGGAGAUCAGGUUCCAAGCUCAAUGGAGCUCGCCCGCAUGUUCGACCUCAAGUUCAAAUGGGUCACUAGUAUUGGAUUCGCUGUGCGCAACGACGUCAAGUACCCCGAGGACAUGUCGGCUCACGGUACACGUGAAGCCGAGCGCAAGUUCAACUACUUCGUCCAGAAGUACGACAUUAUCAAGGAGUUCAUGACCAACUUUGACCUGAUCGAGAACCUCUAUGGCCCCGGAACCACCUGGUACAUUCGCAAGUCCCUCACCUACCAGUCCCCUGUUGUCUCUGGUCCCGGUUGGCUCGCUAUUGGCGACACCUGUGGCUUCACCAACCCGCUUCAUUCGCCGGGUAUCACCGCUGCUAUGUCAACCUCGACUUACGCUGCCGAGCUCACUCAUCAGGCUCUGGAUCAAGCUAGGACUGAGGCCAAUGACGAGGCCGCCGAGCGCAGCAUUCGUCGAACCCUGGCACCUUACGAUGACUUUGCCCGUCGUCUUUACCCAUCCUUGAACCAAAUGAACAAAUUCAACUACGUCUGCUUCCGCGAUCCCCGCCUGGGUCCUCAGGUCUCCUGUCUCUGGCAGUUCUUCGCCGGAAUUGGUAUCCCAGACUGGCAGCUCAUCCGUCAGGACUACAACCUGAACAUGAAGACAUACGUGCCCCACUCCAUCAACUGGGCUUGGGGAUCCAUGACACCAGAGUACGACUCCGUGGCGCGUCGCACCCUUGAGCUCCUGGCCCCGAUCCCUCUGGAAGAGACCAUCCCAGAUGCCAUAGUUCGCGAGGUGAUCGAGCUUUCCAAUGCAGUCAAGAACGUCGCAGUCGACUCUGGUCGCUUCAACUUCCGAUGGGAUGGUCUGCUUCGCUACUACGACAUCUACCUCAACUACCACCCUGAUCAGCCCUUCAAGGAUACCUUCUCUCGCCAGUGCCGCGAGUGUGGUACCUGGCUUCACUGCCGUCCGGACUGGCGCCGCUGCUACGCUUGUGGUGAGACUCGCUCUGAAGAGGAUGCUGCUAUCACUUGGAACCCUCCUCUCGAGGUUGAUGAGGUCAAGGCUUUGGUGCGCGCCUCCGAUGCAAAGCCUGCGGCACGAGCAGAGAAGGAGAUGACUACCGAAACGGUUACGGAAUUGCCUGCCAUGUCUACAAUUCCGGUGAGAGUUUAA